AUGGCCCUCUAUGGCACCUCUGAUGCAUUAAUGUGCCGGGCAUUCCUGACCACCCUGAGGGGACUGGCGCGAGUGUGGUUCAGCCACCUACAUCAAUCCUCAGUCUCGUCCUUCGACCAGCUUGCCAGGGAGUUCGAACAAAACUUCCUCGCCAGCUCACUCAUCGAAAAGCCGCCGGUGACCAUCUCCGAAAUGCUCCAGCGCGCCAACCAGUACGUCGCCGCUGAAGCGUUGGUGGCAGGGAAGCGUAUGGAAGGCAAGAGGCCAAGGGUGGAACAACCCCGGGGAUCAACCUCAGCAAACUUGGUGCCACCCCGCCGGGGGCUUGAUCGACAAGAGCUACUUUCGAGGCCCCCGCCUCUUCCCCUGAAAGCCUCCCGCACAGAGAUCGUCCUCCAAAUUAGGGAAAAAGGUCUCUUGCGACAUCCACGUCCCAUGAGGGCCACUCACAAGGAUCAAUCUAAAUUUUGCAGGAUCCACUUAGACUACGGCCAUGAUACGGAGGACUGCCAUGACCUCCAGAACCAAAUAGAGGGGUUGAUCCGCAGAGGCUACCUCGGGCGCUAUCUCAAGGAACCCCGGGAAGCUACUCUGAGCCCCAAGGAACUCGUCGAAAGACAAAUCGACGUCAUCUCCGAGGGGCUUGCGGCUAGCGACAACAGCUCUGCAGCGAGAAAAGCCUACGCUCGUAGCACGGUCAAGAAACAUCCCCAACCCGAGAUCGAGCCUGAAAUCACCUUCGGGGCCAGAGAAGUCGAGCACUCCCACCAUGAUGAUGCUUUGGUAAUCUCUAUCCAGGUCGCCAACGCUCGAGUAAAAAGAGUGAUGGUCGACACCGGAAGCUACGCCGACGUUCUUUACUUCGACACCUUCUAG